GCAGCAGCUGGUGGUAACAUCGCCACUGAUGUCUCUGUGUUCCUGGAGUAUCUUCCUUCUAAGUAUCAAUGGAUGAACACAACUAUGGCGCUGUUUUGGGGUGUUGGUCAAACCAUCGCAGCUUUGAUUUCAUGGGCGUUUAUCCCAAAUAACUCCUGUGAUGGUCCAGACUAUUGUCCUUCCCAUAUUAACAGAGGUUGGAGAUACUGUUGGUUUGUGAAUUCUGGUAUCUGUUUCGCUGCAGCUUUGAUUCGUCUCUUUGUUUUAAAAAUGGAUGAAACUCCAAAGUUCUUGGUCUCUACUGGAAGAGAUGCUGAGGCAUUCGCAAUUCUUCAAAAGAUAUCCCAACAGUACAACAGACCAUUAUCCCUAACCCUUGAGCAGUUGGAAGCAUGUGGUACUAUCAAGCAGGAUUACUUUGACCCUUCACAGCACGGAUAUAGCAUCAAGGCUCUUUGGAGAGCAAUGCACACCAACUUGAAGAUUCUUUUCCACUCUAGAAUUACCACUAGAUCAACAAUUUUGGUGAUUCUUUCCUGGGGUUUCAUUGGUAUUGCAUACUCGACCUUCUAUAACUUCCUUUACAUUUUUAUUGCUUCUCAUGGUGGUGACACGGGAAGUUCUACCUAUAUCGUUUACAGAAAUGCCCUCCUGGCAAACUUUGUUGGUAUAUUUGGACCAAUCCUGGCUGGUUUUAUGAUUCUCAUCAAGUUCAAAAUGUUCAACAAGGAGAUCUUAUUCGGGAGAAGAGGAACAAUGAUCUUUGGUGCAUUGGCCUCCAUGGCAAUCCUCUUUGGAUACACCACCGUCAGAACUCCAUCUGCAGAUGCUGGUUUCGGUGCUGCAACAUACUUCUUUGUCAACAUUUAUUACGGUACUUUGUACGCCUACACACCAGAAAUCUUCCCAACAAAGGCAAGAGGUACAGGUGUCGGUGUGUGUUUGGUUGUUGGAAGAAUCUUCGGUGCGUUUGCUCCAGUGGUUUACUACUUUGGUGCUGAAUCUGGUUCUGCAGUUCCAAUAUGGGUCUGUGGUGCCCUCAUUGGAUGUUUGUCCAUCUUGUCUGCUUUGAUGCCAUUCGAGCCUUCUUUGAAGAGAACUGUUUAGUCGUUUUACGUAUUGAUUACAUC